GAACGACCAACGCAAUUGUUUCCUUCACCUUCUGUCGCAUUCAAUCACUCAAUCACUCAAUUAUUGGCCGCUACCCGUACAAAACCCAAACCAAAACACCAUUUACUUUGCAAUUCUUGCCAUCUAGGCGAACACAAUUCCAUUGCCUCUGCGGUUGCGCCAUUCAAAAUGAGCCAACACCACCCGCUUCACGGCGGCUGUUCUUGUGGUCGAAACAAAUACACGGUAUCCAUUCCCCACGAUGCCGCAGAGGUCGCGCAGGUCUUUUUCGAUUCAAGCGCAGCUCAUCGUGAGUUUGGCCUUUCUACGUCCCGGUAUAACACGAAUUGAAGAAACCAAGCUAAAGCUUGCUGCAGGUCGCUCCCAAGCGGUACCACUUUCCGCUUGGCUUCGUAUUCCUCUCUCCUGGUACGAGUCAAACACAUUUGCCUUUUUCGACGACGAAUCGCACAACUCCAUUCGCCGAACCUAUACCUCCCCUAGAGAGCAGAAUACUCAACGUCAGUUCUGUGGCUUUUGCGGAACCCCUCUUUCGUACUGGACCGAAACCCCCAAUACCAAUGACAAGGAUUUUAUCUCAUUGACGCUGGGUAGUUUGGCCAAUGAAACUCUGCGGGACUUGGAGGAACUCGGUCUAUUGCCCAAAGAAGCUUUGGAGGAUGUGGAGAGUGAUAAACAGAAGACCUUCAAAAAUGUUGUGCCAGUUAUCCAAACCAACACUACUGGUACCACCAGCACAACAAAGCACGAUGUCAACGAAGGGUUGCCUUGGUUUGAGACCCUCGUUGAAGGUAGCAAACUCGGCAGGAUGAGUAAGGGCAGAAGAAAGAGUACCAAUCCGACCGGGCGAUACACUAUUGAGUGGGAGAUUGUGGAGUGGACCGAUGAUGGUGAUGCAGGGAACGCCAGUCCCACAAAGAGGAAACACGGCGAUUUAGAGGAAGAUGAUACCAAGGCAACCGGUAUUGGAAUUUAG